AUAAGUCCAAAUUUGUAAGUACUUUGGUAUGUUACAGUUAGUUAGUGCUAAUUAGUAUGAGUGACGACUCAAACUAAUGUUGACGAAUUCUCUUUUCCAACAUCAACCUUAUUUUUUUAAUUUGGUGUUUUGUAGGACCAUUAUUGAGGACCCUGCAUAACUUUAUGUUCCUAUUAGUGGCCAUACUAGUCCUGCACCCCGCAUCCCCAAGUCCAAUUGAAACAAGCAACGGUUUAAUUCAACGCAUAAAUUACGGUGUUGUCUUUAAGGAGGAACCUAAUAUCAUCCUAGCCCAAGAAUAUUGGAUGCAUACAUUCAGAAUUCCCCUUCCAAAAAGGUUUGCCAUACCAAAAGUUGAAAAGUGUACAGGAAAUAAACAAGGAUGCUCUACUUUGAACAGUUUGAGUCAUUUUGUUCAUAAUCUACAUAUGCAAGCAGCAACUCAUUUCAAUGACACCAUGAAAUCUAUUCAAGUAUUACUUCCAAGUGUAGACCUCAAUAGAGUUCCACGUAGGAGACAGACAAGGGCACUGUUACCAUUUGUGGGUUCGUUGUCAAAAAGUUUUUUUGGAACUGCCACAAUGGACGAUGUAAACAUACUUGCGUCUCACAUUAAUAUGUUGACAAGGCACACUAAUCAAAUGGCAAACUUAUUGGUACAACACAGCGAUCAUUUAUCUUCUUUCAUGAAAUUGACUGAUUCUCGUAUGAACAAUUUGAAGAAUGGUAUCAAAAACAAUGCUUUUGCAAUUUCACUUUUAGCAACAAAGUUGGCUAAUGUUAGUGAGUUAGAAUCAUCUUUUGUAAAUAUUUCUGAAGUUUUGUUAAAUCAAGUCAACAAGGUAACUGUGUACAAAAACAAAAUGAAUAGGUUAGUUUCAGCUGUCCAAACUCUUAUUGAAGGCAAGUUGUCCCCCUUUUUGAUUUCAAAAUCUACCAUUGGUCAUACUCUUCAUCAAAUUACUGGCUUGUUAAGAAAAUCAUAUCAUGGGUUUCAUUUAGUCCACACUGAUCCCUCAUUGUUCUAUGCACAAGGCAAAUUUUUGUAUGCCAGACAUCGAUCAGAUUUGUACAUUACUUUAAAAUUCCCCAUCUCAUCUCAACCUUCCAGUAUGAAAUUGUUUAAAGUCAUUUCUAUGCCAGUCCCUAUUUCGAACACUUCAGGCCAAGCAACCCAACUGUUGUCUAUCCCGGAAUAUUUAGCAGUCUCCCAACAUCAUGAUAACUAUGUACAACUGAAAGCAAAAGAUUUGAUUAACUGCAAUCAUGGUGACACAGUUGUUUGCGACACUAACUAUGCACUAACUCCCUUCACUACUAACUCUUGUGUAUUGUCUCUGUACACUAACAAUGUUAAAGUAGUUCACAAAUUAUGCAAUUUUCGUUAUCUUCAAAACUACAAACCCCAAACUAACAUUCUUGAAAUAACCUCCACUUCAGUUUUAGUUUACCAUAGUUCUCAACUUUCCCUAAACUGUCCAGCCGAACAGAAAAUUCUACCAGGUUGUCAUUUUUGCAUUAUUGAUAUUCCUUGUAGGUGCUCAUUAUCAACAAGCAAUCUUUAUUUUGCCCCAAGAUUAGUCAAUUGUUACAAUCAAUCAAAGCAAUAUUCAACAGUUCAUCCUGUAAAUUUGGCUUUAUUGCAGGAAUUCUUUGAUGACACUCAAGUAUCUCAUAUCUCUGCAAAUUCAACUUUUUCAAAACCAGUUUCCUUUUCCAUCCCUCAAUUUCAGAUGUACAAUCAUACUUUCAAUCAAUUUUUGGCUAACGAUCUGAAAAGUCAUCUUAAUUUAAAGAAAAUGGUAGAAGCAACUAAGAAAGAAAAGAAAAUUUUUCAACAUCUAGCAGAACCUCUGAUAGAUGGACAGAUUGAAUUAACCCCACCUUGGCCUAGUACUAAUGAUAUAUUAACAAUUGUUUCAAUUAGUAUUGCUGCCAUUGCACUUGCAUGUUGUAUUUUGUUGUUCUUCAAGGUUAGAAAAAUGCACAUUGCACUUAUGUUAAUGCAAAAUAUUCACAUGGCCAAAUCUCAGGAAGUCCCUUCAUUCAUCUAUAAAGCUUUAACCACUGCAGCACCCUCAGAUUCCCAAACUUGGUUAAUGGAGGAAUUUUCAUUGUUACAUGCUUACAUCAUCAUUGGAACUUUAUCAUUUAUUCUAGUUGUCAUUCUAUUUGCUUGGCUUUAUCACAGAAAAUCUAGAAAACACACAUUUUUGGCACUAGAGUUAACAACCGGUGGUCAAUGUGUAUUGGUUCCAAUCAUGCAGUUGUCAUUGUGUCCUUCUUAUUAUGACAUUCAAAAACCAAAUAUUGGCACUAUUUCAAUUUCGGAUUUCCCCUAUACCAAAUUAUAUGCAAAUUGAUCAAACUUUAUUGUAACAGACAAACGCACUGACAAAACAAUCUCUGUUCCCAAGUAUAUUCAGAUCAGCUGUUACAUUGGUCAUAAACUUAAAAACAUUUUGAAACAGCCUUUCAGUGCAUAUGUUCUCUUGGUCCAUCAAAAUUAUGUUUUCCAUCUCUGAGUUAAGAAUUUUUCAAUUUCACUUAUGGCAGCACACAUCCUAAGAGUAUUUAUCAACAAAAUUUUUCAAACAAUCUGUAUAUUUUAUGAAAUGAAUUUUUGAUAUUCGGAAUCAGCUGUCUCUACAAUUGAUGAGGUUUAUUUUUUUUAUUUCAUUGGAAUCACAAGACAUCCAUUGUUGUAUUUUUAUGUAUAUAUAUAUAUAAGUUUUUUUUGUAUAAUCAAUUUUUUAUGUUUUGUGGACAAAUUUCUCCACCUACAUAAUUGAUUCAUUGUUUCAAAAGAUAUAUCCUCUAUUAUAGUGGAUAUUCAUCAAUGAUAUGUUCAUACCUUUCAUGUUCAAUUUUGAUAUUUUGUUGUUGGUCUCCUUUUGUAGCAUCUGUAUAUAUUUUAUUUCAUGAUUUUUAUCCUCAAAGGUUACACCCUCAAUUUUUUUUCUAAAUUUGAGCUUUCGAGGUCGAAAGUAAUUGAAGUAGGGAGGAAAAUAGUCAUAACAACAAAUUUAAUUUUUAAAUGAAUUUGUGGAAGGACAGAUAGAUUUAACGGAAAAGAUUCAUUAGAAAUUGUAUCAUUAUCUUUAUAUUUUUAACUUUUCACUACAUGAACGAAUAUGCAAUAUUUAAAGAAUUAGAUAACUUGUUUACUGAAUUUUAACAGUUCAUUGUCAAUUUCUCUUUUAUUCAUUCAAAUGUCAAAUGUUCAAACACAUGACAGCAAUUCCUCUGGACAUUGUGUUGUUUAUUUGGUAAAUAGUUUUUUUUUUACAAAAUGUAAGAAGGUGUAAAUUGAGUAAUCCCUAGCAUGUCCACUUAAUGGACCAUCCAUUGUAUUGUGUGUAAAUAGUUUACUUAUCAGUCUUUGAUAUCCGGCCUAGUCCGAAAUAGGCUUAAUCAAUUACGUAAUCAAGUUUCAUUUUUAUUGUACUUUUUUUCUUUUUGCAAAUGACCCACGGCUAUGUACAGCUGCGCUGAGUUAUGUCAAUUAAACGGAUAAACUGUACGGGUCACGUGAUUUAUCACUAAUAGGUUUUUUCUUAAAAUGGUAAAUUUUCACACUUUUGAUAUUUCUGAUCAUCUAAUACUGAAUUUUGAUUGGUCAAUGACCUGCAAUCCAAGCGUGUGGGGUCGUCGCUGGAAAUUUGGCCUAACUCGGUCACUUCCAUGCGACGCUCCAUUCAAUAAACUUGUAUUCAUAUUUUAUCAUCAUUUUUCUUAUUUGGAUUGCAGCCACGACAGAUUGUGUUCAACCUAUAACAACGUCAGUAGAGCUGACACCAAUAAGAAAUUACAUCAGCGAGUUAAAUUUAGUUCAUCACAGCAAGCGAGUGUUCAAAUUAAAGUUAAAUUUCCCCAAAUUUAUAGUGAAUUCAGAUCACGUUAUUAAGGACAAAAAACAAGACGUGA